GCUCUGUAAUUAGUUUAUACUAGGUUAUGGGUUGUUGUACAUGUGAUUUUGUUUAUUAGUUUAUAACACGCGAUAAAAUGCAUAUGAAAUCAAUUAAAUUAUCUAAAUCAAUAAAUAAUAACGGAUUAGAUGUAGAUAAUUUAAUUGUAACGAGAAAAGGUGGUGGAAGUAUAAUCGAUCAUCGUCCAUUAUUUUCUGAAGAUGGAGAAACAUUAUAUGUCAUAUGGAAGCAUACCCUACGAGCUUACAGUACGCAAACUGGAGAUUUUGUGCAAGAGUUUGAGAGUAUAAGUCGCAGAAUAAGUGGUAUUGUUCCAUAUCCUGAUGGUUUUAAUACAGUUAUAGGUUGUACAGAUAAUGGGCAGCUUAAUUUUUGGAGUUGCCAAAGUGGCAUUAUUACAAAAACAUUAAACUUAAAUUUUUCUUCGAAAGAACAUACCAAAGUUAAAACUUUUCAUAUUGUAAAAUAUAAAAAUGCAAUUGAUAGAGAAAUUUCACAAGUUCUAAUAACUUAUACCACGAAAGGUAAUAGCAAGAUAUAUUUGCUAUUAUUUGACUUGCAAGAUGGAAAGUGUUGUAAAACUACUUUUAUUUUUAUAAAAAAUCCUGAAUAUUACGUUGAUAUAAUAGGAAAUCAUGGAAAUAAUUUAGUAGCGGUUCUUCAUGAUACUGAUUUGCACAUAUUAAAUCCUUCACGUAAUUUAGUUGACAAAUUGCAUAAAACAGGAAAAACAGGUAGGAUACCAACAUGUAUUGCUGGACAUCCUGAAGAUGAAUGUGUAGCUACAGGAGAUUCAACUGGACGUGUAGUAUUAUGGAAAAAUUUAUUCCUAACUAGGCCACAUACAGCAGUAUAUCAUUGGCAUACAUUGCCUGUAACAGAGAUAGCUUUUAGUAAAACGGGUGUUCAUAUGUACACUGGUGGUGGAGAGUGUGUGUUAGUAAAAUGGACUAUUGGAGCUCCAUUAGAAAAAUCAUUUUUACCUCGUUUACCAGCACCAAUUAAACAUUUGACUAUUGCACCAGAUAAUAUUUAUGUUGCUGUAUCCACUUUAGAUAAUGGUAUUAUUGUUGUAAAUCCACAAAGAAAAUUGACAUCUGUGAUACAAAAUUUUACAUGGGGAAUUGCAUUAUCUUGUAAAGAUUUAUUUCCAGCAGGACUUGUAGUAGAUCCACGUACAAAUAGCCUUGUUUUAAAUAGUCGUACAGGACAUGUUCAGUUUUAUAGCACACAUACAAAAAGUCUAUUAUAUAAUAUUCACAUAACAGCUGAAAAUUUUAUAACGCAAGAACGUAGUGUAAAUAUUUUAAACACAGAAGUAACAAAAGUAGCUUUGAAUCACGAUGGUACAUGGAUGGCUACGGUAGAAGAACGUGAUGAUAAAAUUUCAACUCCAGAAGUAAGAUUAAAAUUUUGGAUAUUUGACAUGAAGAAACAACUUUUUACAUUAAAUACAUCAGUUGAACUUCCACAUGAAUUAGGAAUUAAUGCUUUACAAUUUCAACCAAACUCAUUAUUUGGUGAUGAAGAUUCCUUAGUAGUAACUACUGGAAAAGAUCAAAAGUUUAAGUUAUGGAAUCUCAUAGAGCCAACAUCAAUCUAUAAAAAAACAAAGCAUUGGCAUUGUUAUGGUACAGGAAAUUACCAUGAUUUAUCAGCUACAGAUGCUGCAUUUUCUAUGGAUGGUUCUUUAUUAGGAAUUGGUUUUGGCUCAUCUUUGACUAUUUGGGAACCCGAUACAUGUACUUUGAAAAGUAGCCUUAGGCAUAGUCAAUAUCCAUAUACCAUAAUGCGCAUUGAAUUUGGAAAACAGGAAGCUUGCAAUCUUAUUGUCGUUGUUUCGGAUAAACAUAUUGCUGUCUGGAAUAUCUUAUCUCUAAGUAUUAUGUGGAGUGUUUCUUUAAACGUGACGAAACUUACAGCCGAUCCAAAAUCUAUUUAUAUGGCUGUUUUCACAGUAGAUAAUACAUUGUACGUAUUUAGUCCGCAUAAUUCAUCGCCAGUAUAUGUAAAAAAAUCAAUCGUUGAAACUGAUAGUUCAAUAUUAGGAGCUGUUUUUGUACCACGUUUGCAAGAUAGUAAAGAUUCUUCUUACAAGUUAUGGCAAAAGAAAUCACAAUUAUAUUUUAUAGAUUCAAAUCAAGAAUUGUUGGCUUUGGAAUCGGAAUCCGAAAUAGGAGAUGCUUUAGAAAUUUUCUCUAGAAAUCAAAAUAUAUCUUUAACGCCGUUCAGUAAUUUUGUAGCAUCUCAGACUGUAUCAAAUAAGGAAGAAAACAUUUCAUUCUUUCAUGAAUCAUUCCGUAUUUCAGGAAAAGAAAAAACAGAUGAGAAUUCUUAUAUCAUUCGCACGCUCACGCGCGUGUAUGUAUAUAUAUAUAAAAACAUGAAACAGUUCAAUAUUUUCUUGAUAAAUAUUUUCGAUAACGACGUAUAAGAUUAAAUUUUCUAUAACGUAAAUAAUUCCAUUGAGGAAUUUGUCUCAUGUUUUUUAUUGUCUAUAAACGAAAUUUUAUAAAUAAUUAUUGAAAAGAAUUGAUUUUCGGAUAAAAAAUACUUACCGUUUCCUUAUCAGUAGUAAGAUCCAUUUGUAAUGAUUAUUAUUAACGUCAAUAUGAAAAAGCAAGAGAAGAAAUAUUUUCCAAACAAUUUCAUUUUUAUGAAAAUAAUAUCCUGGCAAAAUCUUCUCACAAAAAAAUAUUUAAGUUAAAAUAAAUCCUCUUUUUUGUUUUUCUUUUCUUUUCUUUUCUUAAAUUUUUCAAUUGAAAUAUUCACCAUGAAACAAACAACAAUUGAAGUCAAAAUCUUACAAUAAGAAUUGAUAAAUAAUAUGUAUAUAAAAUGUAUUUAUUAUAAUUUAUGAUAGAGUUUCAACGUUCGAUGUAACUGUCGUUAAAAAGUGAUCUUGCCAUGAUUUUAAUAUAGGAGUUGCUUGGCUUUAACUCCCAUCUUCUUAUAAUCUCAUAACCCAUACCUUCAUUUUCCUGAAAUUUCUUAAACACAUCAUUCAACAUUCUUCUCCAGUUGUAUAUUAACUUCAAUUCAGAAAUUACCUUCUUUGAAAAUUAUCAAUCAAAUACACAAGUGUUUAUUAAUAGAUAUAUUAU